UCUUUGCAACCAAAGCAAGCGUACUUUUCAAGUUUCAAGUGUAUAAUCUCUGUGUUAACAAACGCAAAAUUGUAAAAAUGCCCGGAAGUGCAAGUGGAAGAAGAGCCAACAAAACUGGAAUGAUUUGGAAUCACCAUCUUGCUUCCAAGGCUUGCAAAAGAUUGGAGGACAAUUUCCGAUUUGUCUACGAUACGAACAUAAAUUAUUCGUAUCUGCAGACAAAUGAAAGCAUCGCUGGAAAUGAUGAAAUUGAUAAACCCAGAGAGAUUGAAGGUUGUGAAUCGAACCCGAAGGAUUCAUUCUAUAAUAUUAUACAGAAUAAAAUGAAUCUCAACGAUAAAAGGGGCCCAAAAUUUCUCUGCAACAAGUGCAGAUACGCUAUGCAUACGCGGCUAAGUAUGAUCACUCACAUGAAGUUUCACUUGAAACCAUUCUGUGAGGUUUGCUUUGCCGUUUUUGAAUCGCGGAAUGAUGUGGAUCGUCACAUCGGCUCCGAGCACCCUGAGGUAAUUAAUAGCGAUUGUCUUUCCGUGGUUCCAAAUAGAAGCUACUACAAUGUGCAAACUGCUGCUCCUCCUAACACACCAAACCCAACUUCCGAUGACGAGCACAAAAUGAUCGAUGUUUUGGUCAAUCCCAUCACAAAAUAUACAACGGAUGUUAAUAAUGUAGCCAAACAAAAUGAUACCGGGACCGGCGUUAUUGAUAAUAUGCGGCGCUUGGUUAUCAAUGAUGAUCCUCGAUCAGUGCCGACACGAGGGCGUCCAAGCAAGAAACAAUUCGGUUUAAAACGUCAGCUUAAGAAAAAGUUGCCUAAGUGUAGAACCGAUACUGGUAAGCCGGAAAAUGCAAUGAGAAAAAUUACCUCAAGGUUUGGUAGAGCCAUAAGCUUGAAGAUUCCGCAGUAUUGAAAAUAUUACGAUUCAAACAUAACAGCAUAUGACACGGUAUGAAUUGUUCUUUUGAAAAGACCUUAUAAAUGAAUUUCUCUUUUAUUUAACGUUAUAUAAAUUAUUAUUUCUUCAAUAAACUUACUCGCACUAUCAGAGCAGAUCAAAAAUCAACAAAUUCUUUUAUGA